AUGCCCAAACUCGACUGGGGACUAGGGCCAAGGACGAUUACGUUCGAUGAGACGGACGUCUCAGCCGCUGAACACGUCGAUCUCGAGCUUGCAGAUGCACUUAGUGCCCCGGCUUCGGCCAAAACGCCCCCGUUCCCAAAGCUCUGCAAGCUGGACUGGGAGUAUCCGGGCCCUUUCUCUCUGUUGCGCUCCGUCGCACGAACCUGCCAAGACUUUAAGGAGCCUGCGCUGGAUGCACUCUACUACAAGAUAGACUGCCUCUCAGACGUCUUCCUGACUCUUCCCAAGGAGAUGUUGAUGUUUCAUGAGCACUCGUUCUAUGGGUUCAAAACGCAACAUGUGUCUUUGGUGCCACCCGUGGCUGAGUCCACCUGGCAAUUCCUCCUCGGAUACCUUCGUCGAGUUCGUGUCUUGGACCUCGCCCUCGAUCCGGAACAGCUUCAGCUCGACCUAGACGUUUGGUGCUACUUGCUGGAAGCCGAACUCUGCGAUUAUCUAUUUCCAAAUCUCCAAACCCUAAUCCUCAAACACCGUGUCGUCCAUUCCGAGCUCCUACCCAUGCUCUGCAGCCCGCAUCUCACGUCUAUCGAGCUGCAUAACUUCUUCCCUGUCAGUCUUGAUGACGCAGACAAGGACGACGAGUCCACGACGCUCACCAGAGACGUUCUGAAAAUAAUGGGAUUACGCAAAGUAUCGAGGUUCAGCGCCGACGUGGCCUCCAUGGGUAUCAGGUCCCCGGAGAUCAUUGUCGAGUUCGUCGACACUCUCGCUUCUUCCUUCGACAAGUCCCUCGCGAAAGCGAUCAGCAUCACGCAAAGCGUGGAACCGAACCACCUGCCCCGGGUCACUCUGACGCUUGAUCUACUCGAGCCGCUUUUCGUCUACAGUGGCCUGACUGUGUUGACGUUCACCGUGACCGCAUACUUUGAGCUCGACGAUUUCGACCUCGCCUCUAUCUCAACCGCCCUUCCCCGUCUGCAGAAGCUUUGCCUCGGCGGCAAAGUAGGCUGGAGAGACACAUACUAUACGAGUUUCUCUGGUAUCGCGUCUAUUCUGCGCAACUGCCCUGACCUUCGCUACCUUGAAGUCAUCGUCGACGCAACGGUAUCGCGAAACGCGUCGUUCGCCGCUCAAACCGUGCCCGAGGGAGGCUACAACACACACGUUCGGGAGAUUAGGUUGGCGGACUCACCGAUUGAUGACGAAGCGUUUGCCGCGCGGCAGUUGAGACGCAUGAUGCCCCGCCUUCGGAGCGUCAUUGAGCCGUCGAUUCAUACGGACGGUACUAGCCAUUGUGGUGCUUGGACCUUCAAAUGGCUCCACGCUCAAAAGUUUCUAGAUUGA